AUCCUAUAAAUUUGAGUAAAUAUACUAGCAGUUAGUUAACACAAAUAAAAUGGAUAAGAGAGUGGUCUAGUAAAAGCAUUGCCAGAGGAAAAACAGAAGAAAAAGGGAAAAUUGCUAGUAAAUAUAUUUAAAGGCACUAGGAGCUAUUAUCGUCAAACUUCAUUAGCUGCUUUCUUUUUUCCCCCUAUUUGGAAGUAUGUUACCUCAAAGGUAAUUUGUUUCAUGCUCAUCUAACAUUAAGGGUAUUAAUUUUUAAUUAAUCUAACAGUGGCAUUGUCCAUCUGUCAGUGCAAACCUAAUCUGUUAAACAGAUAAAAUCAACAUGUCUGCAAGUUCAUUGUAGGUUGGCAGGCAAUAGUUGCAUGUGUGCAUUCAGAGUCCUCUGUUAAAUAAUGCAAAGACUUUAUACAAAUACACAAGUGCAGAGACUUUUAAAACUAAAUGUGGUAGUACAGAACAACUGAUAAAGUGUCCCAGCUUGUGGUUCCAGUGUGUUAAAGCUGGUGAUCUUCUUGGCCAAAAGCUGAAGUUAUCCUCCCACAAGCACCCAUUUUUUUGUGGAGUGGAGCCCUUGGGAGAUGCUGAUGAAGAACACUGCAGAAUGCUUGAUGUUUCUCAAAUUUGGCUUCUAUUUUGACAUCCUUAUUUGGAAACCUCAUCUCCUCCAUGUGCACCACCCCCAAAUUUGGAUCACAAAAGGCAUUUUGAAUGGAAACAAUUGCUGGAUAUGCUUUGGUUUCACACUCUUUAAAUUUGGCUGGGUGAUUGUGAACAGAGCACCAUUUAUUUGUGUCUGUGGGAGCACUGAGCAGCUUAUGGAAAUGUUACUUGUGCUACUAGGGGCUGAGAACUGCACUCUGUUAAAAGAGGCAAGUAAGACAACUAUUCCAGUUUCCUGUUUGGAUGCUAAAAUGUGCUUUUGAACAACAGUUAGAUUUAACACCGUGUUUUUGGUUUGGACAGAGAUAAGCAUCGGUAACAGGAGGAGAGCAGCUCCCUUGGCCACAGUUGAAACAGUGUGUAAGUGGCCUUUAUGAAAUAUGAGAUAAUGUGUCUGCUUUGUACACAGGUACCUGACUGGUGGGAGCCAGAGCAGUGCUGUCAUUAAAAAGUGGGCAGGUGUGGGCUUAGGUUCCUCUGGAAUUUUUAGUUUUGCAAUAAGCUGCUCCAACAGCACUUCUAAGCAGGCUCUUACAUCCACACUGCUCCAGGUUUGAACUGGGUUGACUAACCCAAUAAUACUUCAGUAGAGUUUACUCAUCUUUUAUGCUUGAGUAACUCAGGUCCUGUGUUCUCAGCUGUUGUUGGGUUUGGAAAGGACAAAACACUGAAACUGGUCAUUUCUGCUUGAAAUUGUUUCCCAGCCAGGCUUGACCAUAGAGGAAAUGAACUGCUUUUCCAUGUUGUGUAUGGAGGUUUAUAGUUGGACUCAAUGAUCUUAGAGGUCUUUUCCAAACUAAUGGUUCUGUGAUUCUGUACUCUGGUUUCAGCUUUAGCUUCCUUUUCAUCAUCUGCUUAAGCAAAGCUCUUCACAGCUGUGCAGAGGAGCACACUGCCAAUGCUGAAUCAAGUUUAGGAAAGAAAAUGUGUGUUUCAGGGUAUUUCUGAGCUGGUGGAAAAGGCCAUUGCUGCACUGGCAAAGAUUGUCAGCUGGGAAGUUGUCUGUGUAAGAGCUGGCUGGAGCUCCCCAGACCUCCUGUCCUGUCAUUCCCACCCCCACACCAUCCUUUGCUUGGGUGGUCCAGCUGUUUACAGGCAGCCUGGUGAGAGAGGUCAAGAAACUCAUCAGUGCUGGAAAAAAUGAGGAGGGGGGAUUAUUUUUCGCCUGGAUCAGUUCCCUGAUCAUCUUUACCUUCCAGGCCUGCAAAUGGUUGAAGCAGCCCAGCUGAGGGGGCAGUGGUAAAGCAGAAAUGGGUUAGAUCACAACUUUGCCUGAGAGAAGCAGUCCAUUUUCACUGGCUGUAGGUUAAAUAAAGAACUUCAAGGUUGGCUUCUCGGCCAGAGGUUUAUUUUAUGUUGUGCUGGCUCACAUAAGCCACAGAAAGGGACCUUACCACAUUCAUUUUCCAAACACUAAAUUCUCUUUAAAAAUAAACCUGAUUUGAUAGCUCAGUGAAUCUCAGUGCUAAACUUUUUGGCAGGGAUAGGGGCUUUGGUUACCUCAUGUUCAUCCAGUUCUGGCUGCAUUAGGACAAAUUCAGCCACAUGAACUUCAUUAUAGGUGCAUGUUCUUGCCACACUGUUCCUGUAAAGAUUAUAGAUUAACUAGAGUUCUUUGAUAACUACAGUUUAUUAUUGGGAAUUUUUAGAAGUAAAGUUUUGCUUGAAUUCUCUUCUUGAAAAAAAAAAAAAUAAAAAGAAAAAAAAUUUAAUCAAGGAUGACUGGAAACUGAAACAGAGGGUUUCUGCUCCUUGCUCUGUCACUUCUCCAUUGCUGCCCUAAUAGCAAGGAAAGAUGAGGAACUGCCAAACCAGCUAUCAGUCUGCUCCAGAAAGACAGGACUCUUCAAUGGCAUGCUGAAAUGCCAGCCAACUGGGUACAUGGAAAACUCCAUUUCCUACAGUGCUAUUGAAGAUGUUCAACUGCUCUCCUGGGAGAAUGCCCCUAAGUACUGUUUACAGCUCACAAUCCCGGGGGGUACUGUCCUACUGCAGGCUGCAAACAGUUACCUGAGGGAUCAGUGGUUCCAUUCCUUGCAGUGGAAGAAGAAGAUUUACAAGUACAAGAAGGUGCUGAGCAACCCCAGCCGCUGGGAGGUGGUGCUGAAGGAGAUCCGGACGCUGGUGGACAUGGCGCUGACGUCCCCGCUGCAGGACGACUCCAUCCACCAGGCACCCCUGGAGAUUGUCUCCAAGCUGCUCUCAGAGAACAACAACUUAACCACUCAAGACCAUGAGAGCAUUAUUGUGGCAAUUGCACCUUUGCUGGAAAACAACCAUCCUCCUCCUGACCUCUGUGAAUUCUUCUGCAAGCACUGCCGAGAGCGCCCGCGGUCCAUGGUGGUGAUCGAGGUCUUCACCCCGGUGGUGCAGAGGAUUCUCAAACACAACAUGGAUUUUGGGAAGUGCCCUCGGUUGCGGCUCUUUACUCAGGAGUACAUUCUGUCUUUGAAUGAGCUGAAUGCUGGAAUGGAGGUGGUGAAGAAGUUUAUUCACAGCAUGCAUGGUCCAACAGGACAAUGCCCACAUCCCAGGGUCCUGCCAAAUCUCGUAGCUGUCUGCUUAGCUGCCAUUUAUUCCUGUUACGAGGAAUUUAUCAACAGUCGGGACAAUUCGCCAAGCCUGAAGGAAAUUCGGAACGGCUGCCAGCAGCAGUGUGACCGAAAGCCCAAUCUCCCCCUCCGCCUUCUUCACACGAGUCCUGACCUGGUCUCUCAGGAGGCCACCUUGACUGAAUCCCGUCUCAAACCGGUUAUUGUCACCUCCAACGAGAUCCACGUGGAGGUGGAGCGCAACAACACGGCCAACCAGAAGAUGACAGCCGGCGUGGGCAACGACAGCGAGCCCAACCUCAUCGACUGCCUGAUGGUCAGCCCCACCUGCAGCACCAUGAGCAUCGAGCUCAGUGCCCAGGCUGACAGGAUCCUGGGCUGCUACGUGGAAAUUCUCAAGAUGCUGUCAGACUACGAUGACUGGAGACCAGCCCUGGCCAGCUUGCUUCAACCUAUCCCAUUUCCCAAGGAGGCUCUCGCACAUGAGAAAUUCACAAAGGAGCUGAAAUAUGUGAUUCAGAGAUUUGCAGAAGACCCGAGGCAAGAAGUCCACUCGUGUUUGCUGAGUGUGAGGGCUGGCAAAGACGGCUGGUUCCAGCUCUACAGCCCUGGGGGAGUGGCCUGUGAUGAUGAUGGAGAGCUCUUUGCCAGUAUGGUUCAUAUUUUGAUGGGAUCCUGCUAUAAAACAAAGAAGUUCCUGCUUUCACUGGCUGAAAAUAAACUGGGGCCUUGCAUGCUGCUGGCUUUGAGGGGUAACCAGACGAUGGUAGAGAUUUUGUGUUUGAUGCUGGAAUACAACAUCAUUGACAAUAAUGACACCCAGCUCCAGAUCAUCUCCACCCUGGAAAGCACAGACGUGGGAAAGAGAAUGUAUGAACAGCUGUGUGAGAGGCAGAGGGAGUUAAAGGAGCUGCAAAGAAAAGGUGGCCCCACAAGGUUAACACUGCCAUCCAAGUCCACAGAUGCCGACCUGGCCCGCCUGCUAAGCUCGGGAUCUUUUGGGAAUCUGGAAAACCUCAGCCUGGCCUUCACCAAUGUGACAAGUGCUUGUGCUGAGCACCUCAUCAAACUGCCUUCGCUCAAGCAGCUGAACCUGUGGUCAACUCAGUUCGGCGACGCGGGGCUGCGGCUGCUGUCCGAGCACCUCACCAUGCUGCAAGUGCUCAACCUGUGCGAGACCCCGGUGACGGACGCCGGGCUGCUGGCCCUGAGCUCCAUGAAGAGCCUGUGUAGUUUAAAUAUGAACAGCACCAAACUUUCAGCAGAUACCUAUGAAGAUCUGAAGGCUAAACUCCCCAACCUGAAGGAGGUGGACGUCCGCUACACUGAAGCCUGGUGAACUCUCCCUGCCUCCCACUCUUCUCUUUUGCUUCUCCUGAGAAGGAAAAGAUUUUUAAAACAGACAGAUUGAAAUAAACCCGAAAAUAACUUUUGGCCAAUUCCUGUAGAGCAGUGAGUCUGGGAACUUGGUGAGAGGAGUUGUGGUUGUGGGGUAGCAGAGUGGAGUUGUGUGUGUUGGGAGGACGGGGCAAGCCUGCACCCCAUUGGAUUCUUUCAGCUUUGUGAUUUCAGAAUCAACAUAAUUCAAAUUGAAAAGGAAACAAACAAAAUAAGGACUUUGUAGCAGCAAGAAGAUUAUAAAGAGGAAAAAAACACCUUUGUGGAUUUUAUUUGCCUUUGUGUUUUAUGCCGUGUGGAGAAAAAAAAAAUUCCUUUGUCCUUACUUACCUGGGUUUCCUUGGCUGGCACCCAGCCAGCCAGAACUCCUGUUUCACCAGUUUUGCUCCAGAAAAUCAAACUUCAAAAAUCUCAAGAGAAGAAAACCAAAACCAGUAUGAUUUUCACUUCCCCCCCAUGUCCUUGCAGUUGUUAUGCAAAGUAAUUUUGUUGUACAUAAGAUUUACAUAAUGCACCUAUUUAAGAAAAUGGUUCACAAAUAACAGGUCUGGGACCUGUCUUUUAUUUAUGAAUUGUUAAUUCUUUUACCCUUUUUUUGCGUAUAGUACUGUAUAAACUAGUUUGCUGUCUUGUUGUUAUUAUUAUUUUUUUUAAGGAAAUGUCCUCCUUGAAGAAUUGCCUUUUAGUAAUGCAAACUGUAUUAUACUCCCUCUUUGUCAACAUUCAUCGCGUUGUCUUUUUGAUUUCAAAAUGCCUCAAAUGUUAUCAAAUAGGAAGGAAAAUCUUUAUCAAGGGGGGCGUGGCUGUUGGGGGAGGGAGUGCAGGGAUUAAUAAAAGUCACAAUUCCUUCCAAAGUCUGAAAACUUCCUUUAGUCUUCUAAGCCAUGUCAGGUUUAAACUCGGGAGAUGGGGACAAGAGGUUUAUUUUGCCAGUGGGGUGUUUGCAAACUGUAGAUUUUACAAGUUGCCUCUGUUGUUUUCUGUUUACGUCCAAUAUUUCAAAAAGAGAAAAAAAAAGCUCUCCCUCUAUUUUGUGCAUCAGCUUUUUCUGUUGGUUUUUUUUUUUUUUUUUUUUUUCCCCCUCCCCUCAUUCCCUCCCCUGUCCUGUGCCCCCCCUGCCCUGUUCUGUGCACGCAUUGUUCUGCAUGUUCCUCUGGGGAGGCUGAGGAAAUCGCGGUGUUGCUGAUCCGAUAGCUCUGACCUGUCUGUAAAUGUGACUGCUACAUUUUUCAAAUUCCACAGUUGCUUAGAGGAUGAUUUUUUAAAAAUUGUGGUUUCUUUUAUAACUAUGCUGUUGACUUUUUUUUUUUUCAUAAUGAGCCUUCAUUGUACAGAGCUGCUUAUUUAAAAAAAAACAAAAACAAAACAAAAAGUUUUUUCCUCUGUUUAACACUUUUAUUUUAUUCUUCAGCACCUCAAGGUUUCACAUACAGCCAAUGUAAUUUUUUAUAUAAAUAUAUAUAUAUAUUUAAUCUUAUUCAAUGGAAAGCCAAGCUUUUUUGUUCAGGUUUUUUUUGUUGUUUUCUUUUUUUAAAGUUUGUUGCUGUGUAGACAACCCCAUCCCAAAUGAUGUUGUUUUUCUCUUUUUUUUUCUUUUCUUUUUUUUUUUUUUUUAAUAAUGAAACAGAAAUUGAGUCUUAACUCAUGUAGUGUGUCAGGUUUUUUCCCCCCUUCAAAUCCCAGACUGUAUGAAGAUGCAGUAUGGGAAGGAAGAAGAAGAAGAAAAAAAAGAAAAAAAAAAAAAAAAAGAAAAAAAAUGCCAACAUUUUCCUUAGCACUGUUGCUUUUACCAAUGGUUUACUACUACUGUUCUGUAGCUGUGUACAAAGAGAUGUGAAAUAAUUUCAGGCAAAAAUAAACUGUAAGUGAAUAUCUUU